CUUCAGACAUGUGGUUGAUAGUGUUCUUUGGGGCCCUUAUUGGGUCUGGCAUCUGCAGCCGAGAAAAAUUUUUUGGGGACCAAGUUUUUAGGAUUAAUGUCAGAAAUGGAGAGGAGAUCAGCAAACUGAUUCAGCUAGUGAAUUCGGAUGACUUCAAGCUCAAUGUCUGGAAAUCUCCCUCUACCUUUGGUCGGCCUGUGGAUGUCCUGGUUCCAUCUGUCAGUCUGCUGCCAGUCAAAUCCUUCCUGAAGUCUCAGGGCUUGGAGUACUCAGUGACAAUUGAAGACCUGCAGGCCCUUUUAGAUAAUGAAGAUGAAGAAAUGCGACGCAAUGAAGGGAAAGAGCGGGGUGGUAGUAACUUCAACUAUGGAGCUUACCACUCUCUAGACGCUAUUUACCAUGAGAUGGACAGCAUUGCUACAGAUUUUCCAGACCUUGCAAAAAGAGUGAAGAUUGGACAGACAUUUGAAAAGAGGCCAAUGUAUGUCCUGAAGUUCAGCACGGGAGGAGACAAGCGGCGGCCAGCCAUUUGGCUGAAUGCAGGCAUCCAUUCCCGAGAGUGGAUCUCACAGGCUACUGCCAUCUGGACGGCGAGGAAGAUUGUAUCUGAUUACCAGAAGGAUCCAGCUAUCACCUCCAUCUUAAAGAAAAUGGAUAUUUUCUUGCUGCCUGUGGCCAAUCCUGAUGGAUACGUGUACACACACACCCAAAACCGGUUUUGGAGGAAGACACGGUCCCUGAACCCUGGAAGCCGCUGCAUUGGCACUGACCCAAACCGAAACUGGAAUGCUAGCUUUGCAGGAACCGGAGCCAGUGAUAACCCUUGUUCUGAAGUAUACCAUGGCCCCCGUGCCAAUUCUGAAGUAGAGGUGAAAUCAGUGGUAGAUUUCAUUCAGAAGCAUGGGAAUUUCAAAUGCUUCAUUGACCUGCACAGUUACUCUCAGCUGCUGAUGUAUCCCUAUGGGUACUCCAUGAAGAAGGCCCCGGAUGCUGAAGAGCUGGAUGAUGUGGCCAGGCAAGCGGCCGAAGCCCUGGCCUCACUGUCAGGCACCAAGUACCAAGUGGGCCCAACCUGUACCACCGUCUAUCCAGCUAGUGGGAGCAGCAUCGACUGGGCCUAUGACAAUGGCAUCAAGUACUCAUUCACAUUUGAGUUGAGGGACACUGGGCACUACGGUUUCCUCCUGCCAGCCAAUCAGAUUAUCCCCACCGCGGAGGAGACCUGGCUAGGGCUAAAGACCAUCAUGGAGCAUGUGCGGGACAACCUCUACUAGAGCUUCACACAAGUAAAGGCGAUCAUUCCUUCUCAUGGGAGUCAGAGUCCUCUGGGUUGUAGAGAGCCUGGCCAGGCCAGUCCGCUUC